GUUUGUCCAAGCCAAGGCCCGCGGGCGCAACCUGGAUCUCAACAAUAACGGCGCCUAUCUCGACACUUCACAGCGUCCAACCCCAAACCUUUAGCCAAGUCCAGCCGGAAGCAAAGACCAAAGCCUGUUGUUCGUCCGAUUUACGUUUUCCUACACUGCAAACUACACACGCUGUCGACGCUGACAUUCAAGCUUUCUUGGCUUUUCAGCCUGGCUCCCCUGCUUGUUUCACCCAACUCCAUCGGAUAGCGCCCUGUGCAUGUCUCCGCUCAACGACGACGUUGCCUCUCCGAGCCAACCCGGCAUUCAUCGAAAGCAGUCGAUACCUGACAAUGCAGAGCUAGCAGCUGUCUCUCAGAGCUCUUCUGCGGGCGUACUGGCAGCCCCCGAAGUUGAAUCGUCGCCUGAUGGCGCUCAUGUGACCAUGCAGGGCGCAUCCGGGGACGAUAACAUGCGAGACCUCGGCAACGAUGCGUCUCAAAACCCAACUGAGGACUCGUCCCACGCCUCCCGGGGCCUAGGCGACCAAAUGAAAGAGCAGGGACAGCGAUCCGAGGAUGCAGGCGACCUAAUGUCCUCUUCGAUCGCCACCCUAAAACCAUUGACCUCCCCUGCAACCACAACCGCCGUGCAGUAUCUCACGACCGAGUCCAAAACUUACGUCGAUCCCACACCGCAGACACCCAUUUCUUCUCGGCCCCCUUCAAGAGCGCCUUCCACUUCCGCCAGGUCAGCCUAUGAGUCGUCGAUCGCCUCCCCUGCCGGCUCACCAAAAUUAGAUGGAACAUACGACGAGAAGAGAGAUUUCAGUGAAGAUGAGCAUGAACGCGGGUCGAGGUCGGAGAUCCAAAGUAUCAUGGAGCAGUUCAGUGAGGAAGGCGGUGGCCCGGGCGCCCACGAGGUCAUGAGCCCGCGGUUGGAGAUGGCGCCUCCCUUCUUGAGCAACUCCAUCCAGCACCCGCCUCGAAAAUCAAGCCUAGAGCCCCUGGCUCCCUGCCUUGCACACCAGAUUCAAGAGCUCCAGGGCCUUCGGCUAUCGACGUCCUCCCCGGGAACAGCUCGAUUAAAGGGAAAGGCGAUCGACGACCAGGGACCGCCGGUCCCACCCAAAGACGCCAAUGUCUACUCCGCUGCCCCGGGGCGCUCGCAGGACGAUUUGCGUGGCAGCGUGGACUCGCCAAUGUCCCCGAUUACUUCACUCCACCGUCCCCCACCACCGGAGCCCGAACCCGAACCUCCCUUACCGUUUGACUUCCAUCGGUUCCUGGAGCAGCUGCGCAACAAGAAGGCUGACCCGGUCGCAAGAUACCUGAAAUCCUUCUUGUCCGAGUUUGGGAAGCGGCAGUGGAUGGUGCAUGAGCAGGUCAAAAUCAUCAGCGAUUUUCUUGCCUUCAUCUCAAACAAGAUGGCCCAAUGCGAGGUGUGGAGAGAUGUUUCAGACGCCGAGUUUGACAACGCCCGCGAGGGCAUGGAGAAGCUCGUCAUGAAUCGGCUGUAUAGCCAGACAUUCUCUCCCGCAAUACCCCCACCCCAACCAAUACCCGGAGCAAAGCCGAGGAAGAGAGGCGGCGAGCGACCGAUGGGCCCGGGGAGACGAGGUCAGCAUCAAGAAGAUGUUGAAAGAGACGAGAUACUCGCCCAAAAGAUCAAUAUUUAUAGUUGGGUGAGAGAAGAGCAUCUUGACAUCCCGAUAGUAAGCGAGAGUGGGAGGCGCUUCCUUAAACUCGCACAACAAGAACUUCUGAAGAUCAAAUCCUACCGUGCUCCACGAGACAAGAUUAUAUGCGUCCUCAACUGCUGCAAAGUCAUUUUCGGCCUCCUUAAGCACUCAAAAUCAGACUCCUCCGCAGACUCGUUCAUGCCGAUGCUCAUUUAUGUCGUCCUGCACGCAAACCCAGAGCACCUGGUUUCAAACGUUCAGUACAUCUUGAGAUUCCGAAACCAGGAGAAGCUUGGCGGUGAGGCCGGAUACUAUCUCUCUUCACUUAUGGGGGCUAUCCAAUUCAUCGAAAACAUGGAUCGUACCACGUUGACGAUUACGGAUGAAGAGUUUGAGCGGAACGUAGAGGCCGCCGUCUCUGCAAUUGCAGAGAAACAUCGUGCCGAGUCGCCCCCGCCCCCUCCUCCGCAAUCAGAAAAGUCGGCGACCCUCAGACCGCGUACCGCUGCUGAAUCCGGCCCUUCCUCAGCCCGCACUUCCCUCGACGCCGAUGCGUCUUUGCGACCCACAACCCCACGCCGCUCAUCCUAUUCAAACGAAGCGCGAGACAGCGGCGAGUACAGCGGAAGUGACGAGAAAGCAGCCAUCACAGGCCUGCUCCGGUCCAUCCAGAAACCCCUGAGCACCAUCGGCCGCAUCUUCCUGGAAGAACCGUCGUCUUCCUCCUCGUCGACAGCAGCCGCAAGCACGAGCAUUGCCAGCCCGGCACGGACGCCACUGCCGGAGCGCGCCGAGAGCGACUUGCGCGCGCGGCAGCUGCUGUCGGCCGAGGAGGCGGCGGCCCGGCAGGCGAGCGCCGAGGCCGCAGAGGCGCAGCGGCUCUCUCGUGCGGAGCACGCGAAUGUGGUGGAAACGCUCGCGGGCAUGUUCCCUGACCUUGAUCGGGAGGUUAUCAGUGAUGUGGUUUAUCAGAAGGAGGGGAGGGUUGGAUUGGCUGUCGAUGCUUGUCUCGCGCUUUCUGCGUGAGACUGGACUCUUGAUUAGUGUAAUAGAGGGCAGCAGUUCGUUAGUAGAGCGUGCCAGGCUGGGAUGCUGCUCUCUCGCUUCUUUUUCGUGAUUAUUUCUGGCUUUUGUUUGCAAGCAUGGACGGUUGCCGGAGGCUAUAUAUCCUCAUUUCUAGGUUGCAUCUGCAUAGCUUGGGCCAGGUGCAACGUACACACACCCAUACAUACAUACAUAAGAUAAUGGUAGUAUCAUCCCGCUUGCUAGAG